AGCGCGGAGUCGCCGGGAGACCGAGGCGCCGCUAUGGAGCCGCGCGCCGCGGCCUGGGGCCUGCCCGUGUCCGGCGGGGGCUGCCCGGGGCCGGGCGGCGGCGCCAGGGGCCGGGGGGCGGCGGCGGCGCAGAGCGUGGCCGGUGCGGAGCUGCGGGCCGGGCGGCGGGAGCCCUGCGUGCUCAGCCUGGCCCGGCGGGGCGGCCGCUACGGGAUAGUUAUCCAGUCCCAGGAGAAGGACAGUUCCGAUCCGGAUUACAUUCCCAUCAACAGCCGCUUCAGAUGUGUGCAAGAGGCAGAAGAAACGCUGCUGAUCGAUAUAGCUGCAAACACAGGCUGCAAGGUCCGCAUCCAGGGUGAGGAGGCAGCGGAGCGGCUCUUUGAAAUCCCGGAUGAGGAGCGUUGCUUGGGGUUCCUGGCGGAGGUGCAGAGCAUCCAGGAAGGUAACAGAGCUGCAGGGUGUUUGGGGUGGCCCCACUGCCACCACUUCCUCACUGGCCUGAUGAUUAUUUUUCCAGCCCACCUGAAAGCUUCUCCUGUGGAGCCCAAGGACUCAUCCAGCUGGCAUCAGGUGGAGAAGAACCUCCCGGGCCUCUCACAGGCCUCUUCUUCAGGGGCUCUGGGGUUUGAGGAUGACUUCAGUGCUCUGAGCCUGGAAGAGAAAAGAAACAUGCAAAACCACCAAGCAUGCUCUCACCGGGACCCCCCCCCUCCUCCCGUGCCUCAGAACAAACAAUUCUACCGAGAGAGAGAAGGUUCAUCCAGAGACGAGCCAAAAGUGACCAACACGAUGCGCAAGAUGUUCUUGCCCAGCAACCAGUCGGGGCAGCGAGAGGGGCUCAUCAAGCACCUGCUUGCCAAGAGGGAGAAGGCAUACGUCAACCUUCACAACUUCAGAUUUUUUGUGGGAACAUGGAAUGUGAACGGGCAGUCUCCAGACAGCAGCCUGGAGCCCUGGCUGGUGUGUGACACAGAGCCUCCAGACAUCUACUGCAUUGGGUUCCAGGAGCUGGACCUCAGCACGGAGGCUUUUUUCUACUUUGAUUCUACAAAGGAGCAGGAGUGGCUGGCUGCCGUGGAGAAGGGCCUGCACCCCCACGCCAAAUACAAGAAAGUGCAGAUGGUCCGUCUUGUUGGGAUGAUGCUGCUCAUAUUUGCAAAGAAGGAUCAGCUGAGCAAUAUCAGAGAGAUCGUGACGGAGUCUGUGGGCACGGGAGUCAUGGGGAAGAUGGGCAACAAGGGCGGCGUGGCUGUGAGGUUCGUGUUCCACAACACCACCUUCUGCAUCGUCAACUCCCACCUUGCCGCUCACGUGGAGGACUUCGAGCGGCGGAAUCAGGACUACAAGGACAUCUGUGCCCGGAUGAGUUUUCUAACCCCGGACGAGAGCCUACCUUACGUCCACAUCAUGAAACACGAUGUUGUCAUCUGGCUGGGAGACUUGAACUACAGGCUUUGUCUCCCUGAUGCCAGUGAAGUGAAAAGUCUCAUCAGUAAGAACGAGCUUCAGAAGCUGCUGACAUAUGACCAGCUGAAUAUUCAGCGCACUCAGAAGAAAGCGUUUGCAGAUUUCACCGAGGGAGAGAUUAAAUUCAUCCCCACGUACAAAUACGACUCUAAAACAGACCGCUGGGACUCCAGUGGGAAGUGCCGUGUGCCGGCGUGGUGUGAUCGGAUCCUCUGGAGAGGGGGGAACAUCACCCAGCUCCGCUAUGGCAGCCACAUGGACCUGAAGACCAGUGACCACAAGCCCGUCAGCGCGCUCUUCCGCAUCGGGGUAAAGGUUGUGGAUGAGCAGAAGUAUCGCAAGUUGUUUGAAGACAUCGUUCGCUUUAUGGACAGAAUGGAGAACGACUUCCUGCCUUCGCUGGAGCUAAGCAGGAGAGAAUUUGAGUUUCAGAAUGUGAAGUUCCGUCAGCUGCAGAAGCAGAAGUUCCAGAUCACCAACAACGGGCAGGUCGCCUGCCACUUCUCCUUCAUCCCCAAGCUGAACGACAGCCACUACUGUAAGCCAUGGCUGCGGGCCGAGCCCUGUGAGGGUUACCUGGAGCCAGAUGAGAGCACGGACAUCUCCCUGGACGUGUACGUCAGCAAGGACUCGGUGACCCUCCUGAACUCUGGUGAGGAUAAAAUCGAGGAUAUUCUUGUCCUUCACUUGCACCGGGGGAAGGAUUAUUUCCUCACCAUCAGUGGGACCUACCUGCCCAGCUGCUUCGGCACCUCCCUGGAGGCCUUAUGCCGAAUGAGACGACCGAUCCGAGAAGUUCCAGUCACCAAACUCAUUGACCUGGGAGAAGACAGCUUCUUAGAAAAGGAGAAGUCUGUGCUGCAGAUGGGUGCCCUGGACAGUGAGGAGGCCGGCGGGAUGCCGCUGCAGGUGCCGAAGGAGAUGUGGCUGCUGGUGGACCACUUGUUCAAGCACGCCUGCCACCAGGAGGACCUGUUCCAGACUCCGGGCACGCAAGAAGAGUUGGAGCAGAUCAUUGACUGCCUGGACACCAGUAUCCCUGAGACAAUCCCGGGCAGCAACCACUCGGUGGCUGAGGCGCUCCUCAUCUUCCUGGAGGCGCUGCCGGAGCCGGUGAUCUGCUACGAGCUGUACCAGCGGUGCCUGGACUGGUCACACAACAGCCGCCUCUGCCGGCAGGUGAUUUUUCAGCUGCCCCGUUGCCAUCGCAGCGUGUUCCGGUACCUGAUGUCGUUCCUCCGCGAGCUGGUCCGAUACUCUGAGGACAACAAAGUCAGCGUCGCAAUGAUCGCUGCUCUGUUCUCCAGCCUCCUCCUGCGCCCGCCGCCCAACCUGGUGGCCAAGCAGUCGCAGCAGGACCGCCAGCGCGCCACCAACUUCCUCUACAGCUUCCUGCUGGCUGGGGACGAGGAGUGAGCCCUGCCUGUGCCGCCAGCCCCGUGCUGGAGCCAGGCCUCCGGGGAGGCUCCCAGCUACUGCAAGUGCCGUGUUUACAGUCGGAAGGACGUGUUCCCCUCUCCUUCCCACCGCCGUACCCUGCGCUGCAGAGGACCUGCACGCUCACCGCACUGCCAGCCACGCCAGGAGCCUCCUGCUCUCUCCCUGGCUGGAUCUGGUGAUGCCCAAGCACUGUGCCACCGGCCCCAGCAUCCCCACAGCAGUGUCAGUCACGCUUUUCUCUCCUUUCCACCCCCUCUCCCUGGAGCUGUUGCGGGGCAGGCGGGGACUGUGGGUGCUGCUGGAGGGGCCAUGGCCCCGCGGGUGCACGUGCUGCUGUGCACUGACUGUACCGCGAGAGCCCUGGACUGGCGUUGGGUACGUGUCGCCCUGUGCCCCGCAGCAGACCCAGCCAGCCCUGAUGCCCCAUCACUGUGCCAUGGAAGCUGGACUGCAGCUUUCCAGGAAGAUUCUCUGGACAUUCAACCUCUCCCCGUCAGUGGAGUGUUGUUACCCCCUCGCCUCCCUCCUGGGGCGCAGGGCUCAGCACGCAGCUCUCCCUCCUGCACUCCCUGCCUUCUGCACUGUCACCCGGGCCUUGCUCUGCUCUGUCCCUUUCCUCUGCCCUAGCUUCCUCUGGGACACGUGGUGGGACAGGCAGGGGGCAGCACCCUGCUCCUCAGGGCUGUCCCUGUGGGUGGUGUGGGGCAGGGCGCAGUGCCUGUCCCUGCCAGCCCCACUAUGCGGGUACAACAGGCUGGGUGCCGGGGCGGCUUGGAUGCUGCCCUGCCCCAGACACUGCAAGCGGGGGAAGAAGGUAAGGGAGGGAAAUGAGGCAGAAAUGCACCCUGAGGCCCGGAGAGCAGCUCUAGUGCUGGGGAUAGCCCUGGGUGCCAGUGGCCAAUGGGUGCGGGAGGGAGGACAAGUCCCAUGGAAACACUAAGCAGUGUCCUGCCACCUCAGGCCAGGGGCUCCAGAAGGCCGCUGCUUGAGGUGGGGCUGCAGGGCCGGUGCCCAGCCCGUGGUGUCCUGUGGCUCUGUGGUCCCCACUGAGUGAGCUGCUGGGGGCUCCCGACCCCGGCUCUUCUCUUUAAACUUUUUAAAUUACAUAAUUUAUUGGGAAACCGUUGGUUCCAAAUAAACCUCCAUUGUGCCAGGUU